AUUAUCAUUGGUUGUUUUGUUUCGAGAGGUGUCUUUCUGUCUUCCUUCUUAUAGUCAAGUCUUCAAGCUAAUCUCAUCUUUUUUUAAGAAAAAAUUAAUGGUGAGUAGUUGCGAGCUUUGCUGCGAGAUCUUGAUCGCAAUCCUUCUUCCUCCCGUCGGAGUUUGUCUCAGGCAUGGCUGUUGCACUAUUGAGUUCUUCAUUUGUUUGGUUCUCACUUGUUUGGGAUACCUCCCGGGAAUAAUCUACGCGAUCUACGCCAUCUUGUUCUUGAACCGCGAUGACUACUUUGAUGAAUGCAGACGCCCGAUCUACUACGUUGCUUGACCAUUGUUCUUGAAUGGAAACAUAUAAUAUAUUCUUGUUCAAUGUGAUCACUGUAUCUUAUAAACAUUGGUGGCUAUAUGUUAUGUUUUUAUAAAUAUACAUUGAAGAUAGGGUAACAUGUUUAUUAAGCGCGUUU